UUUUCCCAAAUAAUUGUAGGCUCAGACACGGAAUCCUGGGAAGCACUUUCCCUUGAUACUGAAUAUUGGAAACUUUUGCUGAAACAGUUAGAGGAUUGCCUGAUACUUCAAACACUACUGCACAGCAAAGUGACCAAAAGGACAAAAAGAGUUUCCUCACUCCAGACUGAGCCUUUGGGCAGGCUGUCUGUAAAGAAAUUGCUUGAAGCUGGAAAAGGAGGUAUUGCUGACACUGUAGCAAAGUGGGUUUUUAAACAAGGCUUCACUCCUCUUGUGCUGAAUUUGCCCCAGAUCAGAAACGAUACGGAUAGUACUGAAGAAACUGCAGAAAUGCGUACUGAUAUCUUUCUUGAGGAACCAGGUGCAGAUGCAGGCUUGGAAACAAUCCUAGAGCUGCUGCAACUAGCAUAUCAGCAAUUUCCAUGUAGUCUUGAAGUGGAUGUACUCCACGCACAUUGCUGUUGGGAAUAUGUAGUGCAGUGGAAUAAGGACCCAGAGGAAGCGUGUUUUCUCACUAGGUCUAUAGAUCAUUUGAGAUGCAUCCUUAAUGCUCACAUUCAGCAUGGUAUUGCUCUGAUGAUGUGGAACACAUUCAUAGUCAAAAGGCUUUCUUCUGCUACGUAUCUCAUGGACAAGGUUGGAAAAGCUCCAAAGGACAGAUUGUGUAGACGGGACAUAGGUAUGAGUGACACAGCAGUGACAGCUUUCCUUGGCUGCUGUUCAGAACUUCUGCAAACUUUGCUGGAGGCAGACAUGAGUAGUGAUGAAAUGCAGGCUCCUGUCUUGGACACUGAAGAUGCUUGGGUGUCAGUAGAAGGACCAGUAUCUAUAGUGGAACUAGCCCUGGAGCAGAAAAGCAUUCACUACCCACUUGUGGAGCACCAGUUUGUGUUAUGUACUGUCUUGUAUGCCAUCAUGAGGUUUUCUCUGAAGAGUGUGAAGCCUCUGUCACUGUUUGAUAACAAGGGCAGAAAUGCAUUUUUCAAAGACCUUACAUCAAUUCAGCUGCUACCUAGUGGGGAUAUGGAUCCAAAUGUGUUAUCCAUACGACAACAGUUCUUGCUCAAAGUAGUGACUGCAGCAGUUCAAACACUAUGUUCAUCACAAAAGGACAAAGAAGCCUCAGAAGAGGAGUUGUUUCCUUUUGAAAAGGGAAAGAAUUGGCCAACUUUGGCUGCAGACCUGGCUCAGUACCUCCAAAUCUCUGAGGAUCUGGUUAAAAGGCAUUAUGUCUGUGAACUGUAUAGUUACGGGAUGGAUCAUCUUGGUGAAGAGGCUUUUCUUCAGGUGGCUGACAAGGAGGUGCUUGCAUCACAGCUGCUCAUGCUGGCUGGGCAGAGGUUGGCCUUCGUUUUGCUCCAUGAACAGACACAGGAGGGUAUGGAUGUCCUCACUAGGCUUCCUCCAACACUAUGUACUUGGCUCAAAGCUAUGGACCCCCAGGAAGUUCAAAAUCUUGAAGUGCCAAUGGCAGCAACAGCUAAGCUGGUUAACAAAGUCAUCGAGCACUUACCAGAGAACCAUGGGCAGUACAGUCUGGCCCUGAACCUCAUCGAGGCUGUGGAAGCUCUCCCGGCGUGA